UACACAAUGAUUUAGUGUAAUGUAACCAAAAUGGCGGGGUCCAUGGAACUCGCGAAAAUUUUAGAACCAACUGAAUUACAAAGUUUGUCAGACGAAAUAAGGCAUAAAUUAAAUACUUCAUUUGAGAAAACAAAUGCAUAUAUUGAUGAAAUCCGCGCAAGUUACGAAAAACUGCGGGUGAACUCUGAACAACAAUACUUUGAAAUAGAGAAACAGCUCACCACAACAAAUUCAAAACUAGAAGCUGAACUAGACGCUUCCAGAAAACUGAAAGAACAACAUGCUGAACUGGAACGCAAGUACCAUGAAGCAAGUGAAAAGCUUAAGCACUCCCAAAAUGCUGAAGGUGACAACUUGUCGACUCAGCUGCGGCUCACAAAAGUGAAUGAACAACUGGAAGGAGAGAAGAGGGAGAUGGCCAUACUGCUGGAGAAACGUAGCAGGGAGAUUGACACUCUCAAUGAUGAGUUACGUCAGAUAUCCAAGAAGCUUUCAGAGACCAACUUGGCCAAGUUUGAGGCCAUCGCUAAACUGGACGUGGUGAAGAGUGAUGAGGUCAACAGGGAGUUUCAAACCAGACGAUACGAACAAGAACGGGACAACUUGCAGAAACAGGUUGACUGGUUGAACAAGGAAAUGGAGGAAAAAACCAAAGAACUGAUGAUUGUACGGAGGGAAAAGUCGACCAAGUUGUUGGACCUCCAGACCCAGUUAGAGUCUAAGACAGAAGAGUGCAGUCUGCUCUCAACCACCGUGGACAACCUGAAAACCACAGUGACAGAACAGGCACAGAAGAUUGACACCUACAUACAGAGGAUUAAAGAUAUUCAAGAAAGUAACAGCCAGGGUGAGGAGCAGUAUAAACAAGAGAUCCAGGCCAGAAUCAGGCUGGCUGACCUGUAUAAGACGUCAGCUGACGAGGCGGAGACCAAAUCCUCAGAACUUCUGGGUGCUGUCCAGGAACUGCAGACUCUACUCAAGGAGGCAGCGCAAGCUCACACAGACAUGGAGAAUGAGAAAAAUGAAGAAAUUGAAAAGCUACAGGAGACCUUUGCAGAAAAAGACAGUAAAAUUGAGAGUCUUGAACAGGAGCUGGUGAAUGCCAACAAUCUAUUGUCCACCGUGAGGAAUAAGAGUGCCAGUGAGGAGAUGGUGGAGACAAUGUUCCCCACUGCAGCCGCCACCAGCCGCCUGCUCAGGUCGGGCAUGACGCUGACAGAGAUCUACAACGAGUACGUACAGGUCACGGACGCACUGCAGGUGGAGAAGGAUGAGAACAAGAGGCUGAACCUAUACCUCGACCAGAUACUCAGGGAAAUCGAGGACAAAGCCCCCCGGUUGAAGAAGCAGAAAGAGGACUACGAGAUUGCUCUCCGCAGCAUUGACCAGAUGACCAGGCAGCUGGACGCAGCAUUGCUGGAGCGCCAGACCUUGCGUACUGAGGCAGAUGAGAACCAUAGAAAGGCGGCACAUCUCGUGAAAGAAAACUCCAAAUUUGAACAGACCAUAAGGGAUCUUUCCCAACAGGUGAAGUAUCUGGUAAAGGAGGUAGAGGAGCUCCGUGGAGGCCGUGUGGUGAGAGAUGAAGACGUGUCCUCCACUGAGAUCAGCAGCUCUUCCUCCAUCAUAUCUGGAAGGCUUGUCAGCUUCAGGAACAUAGAUGAGCUGCAGGAACAGAAUCAGAAGCUACUGUCAGUCAUACGGGAACUCUCUGCCAAGCAGGAGCAGGAGGAAAGCAUGGCCAUUGACUCCAGGACUCGAGAGUUGAAGGAGCAACUAGAGGAGGCCAACGAGGAGUUAUCACGACUGAAAGAGUCACGACUGCAGCAGACAGAAAUGAUUGAGAGCAUUGUGAGACAGAGAGACAUGUACAGGAUACUGCUGCAACAGGCUAAUGUUGAAGAGGUGUCAAUGACCUCGUUCUCAAAGAGUGGUUCGUCCAAGACACCCGAGAAGCCCGCACUGAAGAGCCCGGGUGUGGACCGGGCCGGGCAGAGACAGCUGGAGGACACCACACGGGCUCUGAAACAACUGCAAGAGGAGUUCUCAACAUACAAGAAAGAAAAAUUCGAGAAUGAUAAACUUACCAAUGACCAGCUUGAAGAGAACAGAAAGGAACUGGGAGACCUGAGAAUACAGAAUGCUAAACUUUCCUCACAGCUGGAGUAUGCGGCAGAGAGAAACAAGGUUUCCCUGAGCAACAUCGAGGGUUACAAAAGGGAGAUCAAGGUUUUACAGGACAAAGUCCAGAAAUAUGGGGCCUCCAUCGCCAAGUAUGAGCAGACCAUCAACUCACAGAGACAGGAGCUGAUGGGGUUGCAAGAGCAGGUGUCUCAAGCCCAGGCCAAGGCUGAGAACGUGCGGUCAGAGCGGGACAUCAUCCGGGCGUCUGAACAGCGCCUCCUGGUGGAAAUAGGCAGCAUGAGGCGUGAGAGACAGACACAGACCAUGCUCAUGGCAAACCUUCAGGCUAUACAGAACAAUCUGGAGCGAGCUGAGAACGAGACAAAGCACCGACUAACCGUGCAGAUUGAGGAGCUGGAGAGAGAGAAGAACACGCUGAAGAAUAACCUGCAGCUGGAGACCAAACAGGCCCAGACGCUCACCAGUCAUUUUGAGCAUCAGGUGCAGGAGUUGAGAUCCCAGCUGGAACAGGAGAUCAAGUCUCACCAGACCAGCAAGGACAAAUGUGCCCACCUGGACAAGUCAUGUACCGAAAACAUGCAACAGAUAACAAACUUAACAGCCAUGGUGUCUUCAUUAGAAUCUAAGCUGGCCACUGGUUCAAGCACAGGUGUGGACCCCUCAGAGUCGCUGCUGGACUACAAGAGCCAGCUGGAGCAGGCGAAGUCAGAGGUGGACAGCCUGAAGGACCAGCUCCAGAAGUCUCGCGCCCACGUGGACCAGUACAAGGGCAUGGCUGCCAGUCUGCAGCAGAUGCUCAAACAGGAGAAAGAGAGUUCUACUGAUUUCAAAGAUACAUUAGAACAGAAAUUGAAAAUAGCGGAAGAAAAGUGCCAGCAUUUGCAGCAACAAAACAAAUCCUUGGAAGACGAGAGACACAAAUUGCUUGAAGAGAACUUCAGAGUAAAUGAGGACAGUCAUAAACUGAAUGCUGAGUUGAGAACAAAGCUUGCGGAGCUGGAGAAUGAAUUGCAGGAGUCCAAUGAGAGGAGAGAGACUGCCAUCGCCAUAGAGAUGUCUGCUAAACAGGAAUGUGAUCAGCAGACGUGCAAUGCCCGUGAGGCCCAGGACAAGUACGAGAGGGAGCUCAUGUUGCACGCUGCAGACGUGGAGGCCCUCACAGCACUCAAGAGGAAACUAGAGGGCUUCAACUCGCAACUCAAUGCCAAGGAGGAGGAGUGUAGAACCACUGGGCAGAGACUGACAGAACUCGAGCGUUCCUCCAAACUGCGUGAGGAGAUGCUGACAGAGGAGAAAAACAAGAUGGCCUCCCGUCUUGAAGAUACGCUGCAGGAAACACGCGCCCUACACCAGCAGAUGAACAAGUUGAGCAGUCAGGUGAUCUCGGCCCAGGAGAAGGCUGUGUUCAGUCCCAGGCCCAAACCAGGCUCCUCCACAACCACAGCAACCGCAGCAGCCCUUGAUGAUGAUAGCGCCAAGUCUGUGGAGCAGCUGCUGGAAGUGAACAGGUACAUUCGCAAGCAGAAGUCGAUAGCUGAAGGCAAGCUUGACGUUGUGGAAACAGAAUGCUCACGCCUAAAACAGAGGUGUGAGGCACUUGAGCGUCAGCUGGAGUCGGUCAACACACAGCUUGCUGAUGAGCGGGAACAGGCACAAGCUGGCCUGCAGACGGCUGCCCAGCAUGCGGAGCUGAUGCACCGGGUGGAGUCCUACAACCUGCUGCAUGACAGCAACAAGCUGCUGAGGGAGGAACGGGACCAGCUCCAGACUAAACAGGCAGAGGCCGAGGCAAAGUUGAGCAAGCUUGAAGAGAUCAUACGCCCCCUGCAGGCCGAUAUACGUGACCUUCAGUCACAGCGUGACGCCCUCACCACAGACAAGAUGUCCCUCAACGCAGAGAUGGAAAGAUGGAAAGCACGCACCAAUCAGCUUAUAGAGCAGUCCCACAAGACCGAUCCGGAAGAACAUAAGCGCCUUAUGCAAGAGAAAGAGGAAUUCCGCAGUAAAAACAACACACUUACUGAGGAACUACAUAAAGUCAAGACUGAUCUGACCAAGGGAAGUCUUGAGAUGGCCAAACUUCAACGUCAGUUGGGACAGCUCAAAGAUGAGAACACUAGACAAAGUGGGGAAAUUGAGAAACUGAAGGCAUCAGUAGACGAGAAAGACAAAGAUGCUGGAGAAAAAAUGAAGACUGUAAAUCAGCUGCGAGCCGUGGGCAGACGCUACAAGACCCAGGCAGAGACGCUACAGAAGGAGAUUGAAGAGUUCAAAGCUGGCAAAGAGAAUGAGCAGUCUGCUCAAGCUGCAGCACAAGCCUCUGCUGAGCAGGUGAAAGACUUGGAGCAGAAGUUGAAGGAGGCGAACAUCAAGACCAUUGCGUCUGACGUGAAGUUCAAAGAGGCAACAAACAAGAUCAAUGACCUUGAAGCUAGUCUGAAGAAUAUCAAGGAGGAAAUCGAGAAACUCACACAGGAAAAUGGGAAACUCACUGAGACCAUUAAGGAAACAUCAGAAAAACUACAGAAAGCCGAGGAGCAGGUUGUUAACAUGCAGUCAGAAAACACACUGCUGAAAGCAGACAUUGCAAGACUGUCAGAAGAGAACAGUAAGCUGCUGACAGACAAGGGACAAAUGGCAAGCAACGAGCAGGCAGAGGUCAGCGAAGUAAGGGCUGAACUUGCCUCAAAGGAGGCUGACCUGCGGGAAAAAGCAGCACAAAUAGAAACUAAGACUCAGGAGCAGAGGGCCCUGGAAGAGUCUAUGACAGCCGUGAACAGAGAGAAAGCAGAGUUGAAACUGAAAAAUGACCGACUGGUAGCAGCCCUUCAGAACGCAAAAAGCAAACUGACCUCCAUGAAGGAGAUCAAUGAAAAACUCACCACAGAGCGGACAGACCUUAUCAAACGGACCGGGGAAGCAGAGGAGCGGGCAGCCACGCUGAAGUCACAGCUGGACCACCAGACCCAGAGACUGGACCAGGAGAGAGAGCAAUCAACCAAGGAGGCCUCGGAACUCCAGAACAAGAUCCAGCAUCUUCAGAAGCAGCUGGAAGGUUCAGGCGCGACCCCAGUGCAGGUCACUAGGUCAGCGGGCAGCGUUGUGCAGGAACGUGUCAGCUCCACACCUAUUGAGCCUGUGAAGACCGCAAACAUUCGCCCUAUAGCUUCCAGCAGUCCAGCUAGCUCCAAACCACAAACAGUGCCCGUCCAGCCCCAGUCUGCAGCAUCCAAGGUGACUGCCAGUAUUCGGCCUAUGACCAUUCCCCAGGUAACCACCAGCACUCCCACAGCAACCGUCAUGCCAACCACCGUCUCACAGACUGACAUCUUCACUGAAGAAGAGGCCAUGCUCCCUAUUCAGCAGCAGCUGUUCCCUCAGCAAGGCUCAGUGGUGGCAGGGGCCAGGCAGGUCCACAGGGUCAUACCCACUCAAGAGACACUAAGUGUUGAGUCUGUGAGUGACCCCUCUAUGGGCCAGUCAGAUUCUGGCUUCAUCGAGCCCCAACAGUCAACCUCCCGAGAGACGCCCGUAACUUCCAUCCAGCAGUCUGCUAAGAGGAUGAGAGAUGAGAGUCCUGGUGAUGAUGCCGGUGUGAAGAGGUCAAAAGUGACAGUUGCUGAGUCGUCCCCAGCAGAGGUCCCAGACAUCACGAUAACGGACGAGUCCAGUCUGCCAGAUCACGGGGAGAUCCAGUGGGCAGAGGUCGCACCCACCCAGCAAGUGGAAGUGGAACCAGAGGAGGAGGGGGAACCUGACACAUGCUCAGCACAGGAAGCUCUGGACAUGGAAGCAGCCACACAACCGGUGGAUGAGGGUGUGCAGGAUGGGAUGGGUGAGGAGGAGACUGGUGUGGAUGUGAAGGAGGCAGAUGAGGGGGAGGCAGGAGAGGGCCAGUCCGGGGAGGAGGAGGCAGUGAUUGUGGUCGGAUCUGAUGAGGAGGAAGAUGAUGAUGACAAUGAUGAUGACGCCGAGGCUCGGAGGGAGGCAUAUGAGGACGGACAUGAUAUUUAUCAGGGAAUUGAUGACAAUGACGACCAGCAGCAAGGUGCUGAUGAUGAUGUUGUCAUAAUUGACGAGGAUGAUGAUGAUGACCAGGCGUUGAGUUCCCAGACAUCUGGUUCCCAGCAGACCAGCCAGGCGAGCUCCAGUGUAGAGCUGGUUCCCUCACUACCGCCCAUCCAACCACCUGAACGACAGUUCUCCAGCAGCGGAAAUCUCCUUACUCCAAGUCUCGCUCCAUUUAUGCUCUCUGUUCACCAUGCUGGGUUUGAGGAUGUAGAUGACUCGUUAGUUCCCAGCACUCCCACGCUCCAUGUGCCACGACGGGGAGACGGAUUUGCAGAGGCUGUCAGCUCACCUCAGGUCUCCCGGAUGUUCGUGUUUGGCCAUGGCAGAGACCAGCAGCCUGGGUUGAGUCUCUCAGGACUGACUCACCUUGAUACACAGCCAGGUCUGGGGAUGGGUAUGGAUGACACUAGGUUUGACCUAACCCAGUUAGAGUACCCCUCCACCCCUCUGCACACCUCUGCCCCAGUGGCAAUCAGCACAGAUGGGCAGCCCCAGUUGAGCCAGUCAGACAGUGCCCUGGGAGAUGAGGGAAGUCAGGAGGGACAGGAAGAGGGCCAGUAUGGGGAGGGAGAGGCUUACCCUGAGGAGCUUCCGGAGGAUAACCUGGAGGGUGAGCAGGGGGAGGAGGAUUCCCAGGAAGACUGGCCUCAGUCAGUAGGCAAUGUGGAUGACAUCCAGUCUGAUGUGGAGGAGAUGGAGGAGGAUGACAGCAACAGGCAGUCAGGGGCAGGCAAGGAGGGGGCUGAUGGGGGUGCAGAGGGUAGUUCCAGCAGAGAUGACACUUCUUCCAUGUCUGCUGACAGAUCUCAAGACAAUAAGCCCAAGAUACAGAAGAUAGUGUGGGAGGACCCCAGCAAGAGUCAUGUGACCCCAAGCCCCAACCAGUCUGUGAGUCAGCCCACCCAGGCCAUCUCCGUUGUUACAGGCCCACCUCCCCAACAGUUCAGGGCCAGUGGGGCACCUCACAGGGGCAGGUUCGUAAGCCACCAGGCCAGAGGGGCGCCACAGGGGGGAUUUCAACCAAGAGGCCAGCGGGGAAGGCCCAUGAGGGGACGUGGCAUGAAUUAUCCGAGACGUCCAAAUAUGUACUAGAACAUUUUUGCGAGUCAAAAAGACAUUUUGUGUUUGAUGAUGUUGGGAAAGGAUCUUUAUUAAAAGAAAAGAAAAAGUUUAUUUACCACACUAAAUCUGGAUUUAAUUCUUGUUGGAGGCAAAAAUUAUGUAAGUUUGGAUUGUGGUUGACUGAAAAGGUCAAAGCAGUGAGUUUCAGAUAAAAAAUAUUUGGAUGCUCAUUAAACUUCAUGUGUAUUGACAGAACUUGAUUGAGGAAUUAAAACAACAACUGAAUUUCCCCUUUUCAGAAUUAUUUCUUGGGGAUAUACAAUAUUUUUAUUAUUCAAUCAAAUGUUUUGGCAUAUUAUACACCUGCUGAAUGGCAAACAAAUAUUGUAAUUGGCUCAUUGCAAUCUUGUUUACCGCUAGCAAAAAUCAACUAAGACCUCUGAUGUUAAACACUAUGUUGAAAUGUGUUCUCUUUCUUUUUUGUUGACCUAAAUGUUUGCGAUUGCUGUUACAUUGACAUGGUUUCUCUAUUUGCGGAAGUGAUUACAGUUCCUGUAUAAUUUACUCAUGUGUUUCUGAAAUCAUGUAACUGAUCUUUUUAUUAUGAUAUUAAAUGUAAACGGUUGACAUCAGACAUGAGAUGUUGUGUGAUUAUGGUUAAAUACAUUAUUAUAAAGAAGUACAUGUAUUUGAGUUGGAUAGAAAAUUCAUGGUAAAAUCACAAAAUUUGCAAUGACAAAUGAUGUUGUUAAAAUGAGUGCAUUUUUUUAUAUAGAAAACGUGGCAAUACUGAUGCUUUUCUGUCAUGCUAAUAAAGGAUGCAUAGUAAGA